AUGGUCGGACAAGCACUGACUUCUGUUGCCAUCGUUGGUGGUGGACCCGGAGGACUAGGAACGGCGAUUGCUCUCUCAGAACUGCCGUUCCUGAAGGUGACUCUGUACGAGAAAAAUACAGAGCCCCGAGAAGCCGGUGCGGGCAUCAGCCUGACCACGAAUGCGUGGAGAGUUCUGGAUUUACUUGGUGCUAGUGAUGGCGUCAAGGGAGGCUCUAAAUUCAAAACCCAUCAAAGAAAUGGGUACACAGGGAAGGUUGUAAACAUCACUCAACAUCCUGAAAAUUCAGCUGCAGAUUCCCGCGGAGCAAUCCGUGCUCGCAGAACCCGACUGCAGUCAGCUCUCUUAUCGAGAGUGCCCCCGGGCUUGAUCCAAUUUGACAAAAAGGUUGUAUCGUUGGAGAAUCUUUCGAGCCAGGGAGUUCUUUUAGUUUUCCAGGAUCAAACGGAGGCGAUCGCAGAUAUUGUCGUUGGAGCGGACGGGAUACACUCUAUUGUCCGUAGGACCCUAUUGCCUGAUCAUCAGCUUCACUUUACUGGCAACUCUGCAUUCCGCGUUCUCGUUCCGAAGUCUCAGCUGGCCCAUAUCCCGGACAUCACGACUACAACGUCAUGGUGGUGGGGCGAAGCUGGGCAUGUAUAUCUCUCCGAUGUGGAUGAUGCGGAAGAGACCGAAGAUCCGCUUUUCGAAAUCACCGUCCGGUCGUAUCGUGAGCCUGAAGUGUCAGGAAAGACGGUCUUCUGGGGUAUCCCUGCGACCAACGAGAAAGUGGGAUCCCGUGUUGAGAAAUUCGACAAAAGAAUAAGAGACGCUGUAAGCGCAGUGACAGAAGGAGAAUGGAGGGAGUUUGCGACAUUCGCUGGGCCUCGUCUGAACAAGAUCACCGACUGGGAUAAAAUCGCCCUUAUCGGAGAUGCCAGUCACCCUCUUUCUGGCGCGUUUGGCUCUGGGGCGACGUUUGCCAUGGAGGAUGGUUGGAUCCUCGCCCGGGCGCUUGAGUUUACGCGAUUUGCUUCCCGUCCCGCACGGGAUGCUCUCGAGAUCUUUGAACAGAUCCGGUCUCCAUACUAUGCCAAGAUGUAUCAGCAUCUGGACGAAAUACGUGACAAGACACAACUACUCCAAGCAGAAGCGAAGGAUUUUGACGUCUUUCUGGAAGCCAAAAUCGACAAGUUCCUCUACGGAGACAAGGACUUCAUUUAUCAAAAUGACAUUAAGAAAGUCUGGGAAGACUACCUUGUGGGAGAGCAAACAGGGUUGUAA